UGGCCACGGCCACAGCUAUGGCCCUGGCCCUGCAAGCGGAGACGGAGGCAGCCCAGGGCGUCCUUGGCUCCUUUCUGCGGGACUUCUCGGCGCCGCUGGGCCCGGAGGAGCCGCCGCCCUGGAGCCCGCAGGGCAGCGGCGCGCUGAGCAGGGCGGAGGCGCGGGGCGAGCUGACCGAGCUGGCCAGAGGCCUCCUGGGCGCCAGGAAUGCACCCCCUCUUCUUACAGCAGCACUGAUCCAUGCAGCAACUGAUGAAGUGCUACAAACUGAUCUGUCUACUUUUGAGAAGUCAGGUGUGGACGAAGAACAGGGAGACCAGCAGAGGUUGACCUUGCUGGAUGGAGUUUCCUUGCAACGUUAUUUCUUUAAUAAGCUCCGGGACAUCUGCUGUGAAUGGCAGAAGCAACUGCCACUGCUGAGGCCACUGAAGCGCUUCCUCUUUGUUUCUAUCCAUGCUAUACGCAAUAGUCGCCGAAAAAUGGAGGACAGGCAUGUUUCUCUCCUGGAAUUCAACCAGCUCUUUGGCAUGACGGAUGACAUUGAUCGUGCAUACUUUGCUGUAUUUGAUGGCCAUGGUGGAGUGGAUGCCGCUAAUUAUGCAGCAACUCAUUUACAUGUUAACAUAGCACUCCAUGAUGAAUUCCUUAAGAACCCAUCUGAGGCCCUAAAAUGCUCUUUCCAGCAAACUGAUGAAAUGUUCCUUCUCAAAGCAAAAAGAGAGAGACUGCGGAAUGGCACAACAGGUGUGUGUGCCUUGAUUGUAGGGAACAGGUUACACAUAGCCUGGCUUGGCGACUCCCAGGUAAUGUUGGUGCGGCAAGGAAAAGCUGUGACCCUGAUGGAACCUCACAAGCCUGAAAGAGAAGAUGAAAGAACACGUAUUGAGGCACUGGGUGGCUAUGUAACGUACCUGGACUGCUGGCGGGUCAAUGGAACCCUUGCUGUUUCCAGAGCUAUUGGUGAUAUAUAUCAGAAGCCCUAUGUCUCUGGCAGCGCAGAUGUUGAUUCAUUUGAGCUGACAGGUUCUGAAGAUUACUUGGUGCUGGCCUGCGAUGGAUUCUUUGAUACUGUUAAACCAUGUGAUGUGGUGGACCUGGUCCUAGAUUACUUAAUGAAAAACAAAGGAGAUGGUCUCAAGACAGCAGAAAGACUGGUGGCUGCAGCAAAGGAAAAUGGAUCCAGUGACAAUAUCACUGUUCUAGUGAUAUUUCUAAGGGACCCCCAAGACAUCUUGGCAGACUUUCUCAGAGACCCUAAAAGCCUUGUGAUUAGUGAAGGUGCACAGGAUUCACCCUUUAACUUUUUUAGUUCUGAGACAAACAACCAGAGUGAUAGUCAAACAACAAGAUCUGCUUAAUCCAGGACUUUCAAAUAUUGUUCCACUAAAGAAUUUCUUUCCCCUGAAGAAGUAUGAAUGAGCAAAAUGUCAGGAAUAACAUGACAAAAAUUCAAAACACAAGAAUGUCAGAGUCCUCUCUCUGGUCCCCUCUUUAAACUGGUCCUCCCUGCUCAGAUGCAGCAAAAUAGACUUGAAGUUUUGUGCAGCUGCUUCUCCCCUUGAAACAGCAGUUUAAAGUUUUUGCCAGGGUUCUCAGUUCAUAUCCCUCCGUCCUGGAGGUGGUGGGGAACAUGCAUAUAAGCUAAUGGAGGAGAAUAAUUUAAAGUAGUGCUUUAAAAAAAUUACAGAUACUUAAUUGUUUUGUUACUAACAGGACUGGUGGGAGAACUGCCUCCAUUGCAAAGAAGCUGUUAUUGCUUAUGGUCUAUAUGAAUAGGUCCAGUGUUCUAGGGAAUUGGGUGUCCAGGAGUAGAUACUGUUACUGUCUAUAAUAUGCUGUUAGCUUCAUCACUUCGUACCAAAGAUGAUACUGUCGAAUGUGACCUCAUUUCUUAAAGAAAGAUAAUAAAUUUGCGUGUGCUCAUGUGGGUGGGAAAUAAAACUGGAUACUUCAGGAGAAGAAGAGGGCAAAUUAAGAAAGACCCAAACUGAAAGAGAUUGCAAUCCAGCUACCUUUUUGGGAUGUUCUGGACAAUGAAUCUUAAUCCAAUAUUUACUUGCGCUGCUAUAGGAAAAAAAUAACCUUAUCCUAAAGCUGGGUUAUUUCCCCCAACCAUGCACUCUUUAUUGGUUAUUUGCUAACCUGAAAAAGGAACAACAUUUAUUGAUGGUGUUUGAAAAAGGUCCAGAGAGAAUGUGUAUGUUCUCUGCCAGUUGAGUAGGCUCUGUUGCUGCCACAUUUUUUUUUCAUGGUGUGCUAUAAACAAAAUUACAUAUUUUAUUCUUAUUAUAAGUUUGCAGAUUUUUUUGUGAAUUUGCUGAUCUUCAUAGUUGGGCAAACUGUUUUUGUAGUGUGACUGUAUUUUAUUGUGGGUUUUAUUUAAAAUAGGAUUUAAAAAUAUAUAAUUUUUUAUUGUCAGUAGUUUAAAAAAACUGGCUACCCUCAAGUGCCUUAAGUGUUUCAUCCAAGGAUGGAAAUGGCUGUCUUUCUAUCUUAUUGUAUUGAGCCUGGUAUAAUAUUUAAAAAGUGUGAUUUUUUUUUUGUUUGUUUUUGUUUUGUUUUAAUUGUAUAAUAUUACUAUGUUUAAAGCACUUAGAGCUCUUUCAUUUUUCUGUGUGAUUGAGCAGGAACUGUUUUUCAGGAAUGCUUUUUUUUUUUUUUUUUUUCUUCCAUGCAGUGUCGCCAGAUCUUGUGAUUUUUUUUAUCAUAAGUCUCAAUAUUUGCCAUUUUCUUAAAUGCCUCAACUGAUAUCAUCAGCCU